AUUCAAAUUGCAAUCAUGGACUUUUGCAAUGUUGUCAACUCCUGUAUGAUACGCCAGACACUGCAAGACACACCUACCCCAGACUUUAUAAAUCAAGCUCAGUUGUGCUGCUGUAACACUCAGGGGAUACGGCCAGAUGCAAGUUUCUUGGUAAAAAAAGCUACCUCUUCUAAAAAAAUGCAGAAUUUCAAAUAUUCUCAAAGUACUGGGCUUGUGAAUUUUGAGAAGUUUCAGUGGAUCUACAGGAUUGUUUUACAUGCAACGGUGCUUGUGAAAUGCUGCACUGAAGCCAGUUUCACAGUUGACCCACCUUCCAACCUGGAAAUAUAUGAUCCUGGAUAUUUGGGAAUUUUAGAUAUUUCCUGGCAUGCUCCUGAAAGAAGAGGAGACUGCACAGUUUUGUACGAACUACAGUACCAGAAUGGAGCUGGAAAUAGAUGGAAAUCUAUUAGAACAAAACAUCUUAAGCACAGAGCAGCAUUUAAUCUCAGCAACAGAGUUUUGAUAAAAAUCAGGACCCAACUAAAAGGACCCUGUACAAAUGAAUCUCAGAUCUGGAGUGAUUGGAGAGAAGCAAAUUUUUCUGUCCCGAUGAAAGGAACCCCUGAAACAGAAAUUCAACAAUUUCAGUGCAUUUACUACAACUGGGAGAUGCUAAAAUGCACGUGGAUUCCAGGGAAACUAGAUGACCCUACCAGUAAUUAUGAACUGCAGUACUGGCACAAAAGGUUAUCUCACAAAAUGGUCUGUGACUCCUACAUUCGUUCCAAUGGGAUCAAUACUGGAUGUGUUUUUCAAAGUCAGCAACUGGAACAUUAUACAGAUUUCUUUAUUUGUGUUACUGGAACUGCAGGGUCACUUCCAAUAAGGCCAUCAUACCAUUUAUUUCAACUCCAAGACAUUGUUAAACCUGCAGCGCCUGAAGAACUAUAUGUGUCUAAGACCGAGUCAAAUGAGAUGCUAAUAAAGUGGAACAUUUCUGAGGGAACAGUGCCUCUGAGAUGUUUGAAAUUUGAGAUUCAGUACAAAGAGGAAAACGAUAUAUGGAAGGCAGAGCCUGAGCAAAGAGAAACAAUGAGUGUCAUCAAUAAAUCAAACUCCAGCAAUAUAUUUUGUGCACGUGUUAGAGGAAAGGUAAACAGCUUUUGUGCGGCUGAUGGCUUUUGGAGUGACUGGAGCCCUGAAAUCUGCUGGAAAGGAACAUUUGCAAAACAAGGUCUGUAUAUUUUUGGAGGCUGCAUUGCAGUGCUGACAGCUUGUACUAUUGCCACAGCAUUAGCUGUUAGGAAUAAAAGACACUUUUCAAAGAAGCUGCAGAAUAAGGCCAAAGAAUUGGUAUUUGAUAUGGACGGAUCUGUGAGGCUGAACUGAUGGACCUUCGUGUUUUGGAAUCUUUCUUUCUAACAUAUAUAGUCACUUAGUCAGUAUACAGCCUGAGGGAAGAGCCAGUGAUUUAGGAACAUUGGUCAUGUUAAUGUUAUUUCUGCAGUGCAGCUAUUGUUGGAUAUAGUAUAUAAAGCAGAUUAUUUAACAAAUGUAUUUAAAGGAAAAUAUUCAGUAUAAAUAUUUACUGUAUCUUAUUUUUCUAGAUAUAUUCUAAAAGUAAUAAAUAUAAAUAAAUUAAUUUCUGCAGUACUUUUGUAAUAGAACUAGAACUAGAAUCCCAUCAGUUUCUCCUAGUGAUACUUAACGUUUCAGGAUAAAGAAUUGAGUGUUCCAUUAGCUUGCAACUAUUUUUAAUAGGUGCUACCUUUUAGUAAAAAUGUCAGAUAUAACAGAGCUCCUUUACGACCGAUGCCACAAGUGCGCCCAAAAAUGGACUGAACCAUUUCAUGUAUUGAAGCCAUUCCUUUAGGGUACUUGCACCUAAACAUGCGCUUUUUCAUUUAUUUCCAAUGGAUCAUGUGCAAGGGCAGCUACUGGUUCAAGGGAACAAUGGAGCUACCUUCACCCUGAAUGUGGCAGUAAUUCCAGGGGCAGAGUUACGCCUAAAGGGUCAUGCCCAGACAUCCUCUCAACACUGAGCUCCAUAUAAUGCAGUCUCCACUGCGACAAUCAUGAUCACAAUUGUGAGUGAUUUGAAACACGUAACAACGUGUGUGUGUAUUUUAAUGUAUCAUGUGCAAUUGUGCUGUGUGCAGCUGCAAUUAACACUGAAAUUUUGGGAAAAAUGCAGAUGGGUAAAAACAUGCAAAAUUGCAGCUAAAAUGAAACUUUGCACAUUGCAAAUUGUAAAUAAACCUUAAUAUUUUAAAUGGCAA